CACUGCGAGCCCCUAGAAGCGGAACUGACACUGGGUCUCCUUUGACCGAUGUACACCAGCUAACCUUUGGUCUCUCAGGUACGAAGAAAUCUUCCACACCGCUAAUAAAGCAGCCGCAAAAAUGGAGUUAUGUCCUAACGGCAGUAAGUGCUAAAAGUGAAGCUGAACCUUUGAUUUUGUCUGAGUUAGGUACACGCUUUGCUUGUGACUACGACGAGCCGUGAUUUCUUGUCAGAUCUGAGGGUCAGGGCGGUUCUCCAGCUCAUCAGCCGAGGGUUUCUCCAUCCUGGGUCAUGCUCGAUCUAGAAAUUUCUCGAGAAUUAGGGCAUCGACGCUAGAAAGAGAAAACAAGAAACUCCCAUGUCUUCAAUGUCCGAUUCGAGCAACAUGCACGCACAGCUGGGUCUUCUCCUGUAGUGGGUAAGGAAAAAUAAAUCAGGGAGAUAAGGGUUUUUCUUUUUUUGGAUAUUUGGGUUUCUCGCAUUUACAUCUUUCACGCACAUAGAAGCGAACUAAAGGGAAGAAAAAGGACGAAGCUGCGUCCAGAAAUAAUCUCUCUUAUCCAUUUUCAGAGAUCCUUUUUUUGGUCCGGUCUAUUGGUUGUUUAUCGUUGUCUGACUCAUCAAAGACCGUAAGAGGGGCUUAGUGACGGUUUAUUUGCCUCUUCUUGCGAUUGAAUUCGGAUGGCAAAUCGGUGGUGGGCCGGGAAUGUGGCGAUGAGGGGCGCAGAUCCGCCUCCUUUCCAGCUGAGUAACGCGGACGAGGACCGCAGGGGCGGUUUGAGCAGGGGCAUACCUCCGAUUAGAGAACAAGACUUCAUGGACAACGCCAAUAACGCGAUUGCCACGCCCACAAACAGCAGCGGCACUAGCAAAACCAAUCCAAACCUUAGCGAGGCCGACUCUCAGGAUGAUGACAGCCACGACAACGCAGGAGCCGGUGAUGACCCAGGAGGCUCCAUCCACGAGACCCCUGAGCCCCGCAGCGGCAGUAGCAGCGGCAGCAGAAGUGGGCGAAGGCCCAGAGGCCGGCCUCCUGGGUCGAAGAACAAGCCGAGACCCCCUAUUGUGGUCACCAAAGAGAGCCCUAACUCACUGCGUAGCCACAUACUCGAAAUCAGCAGUGGGAGUGACAUCGCGGAGAGCAUCGCAAACUUCGCACAGCGGAGACAUAGGGGGGUUUCCGUUCUCAGCGGGAGUGGAAUCGUGACUAACGUCACUCUUAGGCAGCCCACUGCGCCUGGAGGAGUUAUCGCUCUUCAAGGAAGAUUUGAGAUCUUGUCCCUGAAUGGCGCGUUCUUGCCCGCUCCAUCGCCGCCAGGGGCCACCGGGCUGACGGUCUAUUUGUCGGGUGGGCAGGGGCAGGUAGUUGGGGGCACAGCUGUGGGUCCGUUGGUCGCAUCAGGGCCAGUAAUGGUUGUCGCAGCCACGUUUAGUAAUGCAACGUAUGAGCAGCUGCCGGUGGAGGAUGAGGCGGAGGAGGCGAAUGUGGCAGUGGGGGACGGUGGUGAGACAAUGCAAUUGCAGCCGACAUCGGCAGGAAUGAGUCAUCCUGGAAAUAGCGGUAGUCAUAAUUCUGGAUCUCAGUCUUCUCAAGGAUUAGCAAAUCAACAUCACGCUUCAUCUUCUAUGCCGAUGUUCACUUUGCCUCCUAAUUUGAUGCCUAACGGACAAGUCCAUGAUAUGUUCUGGGCCACUCCUCGUCCCCCGCCUUCUUACUGAGUCAUUUAGAGAGAGAGAGAGAGAGAGAGAGAGAGAGAUGGUGAUGUUGUAGGUUAGGUUCAUUUUCUUUGUUUAUUUGUAAUUUCUGCCUGUUUUUUGAAGAUGGUCGACAGAUCCUCAAGGGAAAUUGUCAAGGAAAGGCCGGAACCUUUGUUUAUAUUACUUGCAACUCCGUUUUUCUAGUGCAUGUAAUUUGUGCGUUGCCUGA